GCGGCUCCCGGCAGCCCGCGAGAAACCAGCAGCGGGACGCGGCUGCCGUCCGAGGUGCGGAGCUGCGGCAGGAUGGAGCCACUGAAGGUGGAAAAGUUCAGCACCACCGACAGGGGAAACGGGCUCCGCGCCUUGGUGCCGCUGCGCCCCGGAGAGCUGCUCUUCCGCUCAGAUCCGUUGGCGUACACGGUGUGCAAGGGGAGUCGUGGAGUCGUCUGCGACCGCUGCCUCCUUGGGAAGGAAAAGCUGAUGCGAUGCUCUCAGUGCCGAGUUGCCAAAUACUGCAGUGCCAAGUGUCAGAAAAAAGCUUGGCCAGACCACAAGCGGGAAUGCAAAUGCCUUAAAAGCUGCAAACCCCGAUAUCCUCCGGAUUCUGUCCGACUUCUGGGCAGAGUUGUUGUCAGACUUAUGGAGGAAACCCCCUCUGAAUCGGAGAAACUUUACUCAUUUUAUGAUCUGGAAUCAAAUAUUAAUAAACUGACUGAAGAUAAGAAAGAGGGCAUCAGGCAACUUGCAUUGACGUUUCAACAUUUCAUGAGAGAAGAAAUACAGGAUGUUUCUCAGCUGCCACCUUCCUUUGACGUUUUUGAAGCCUUUGCAAAAGUAAUCUGCAAUUCUUUCACCAUCUGUAAUGCAGAGAUGCAGGAAGUUGGUGUUGGCCUGUAUCCUAGUAUGUCUUUGCUCAAUCACAGCUGUGACCCCAACUGUUCCAUUGUGUUCAACGGGCCGCACCUCCUACUGCGUGCUGUCCGCGACAUCGAGGCCGGAGAGGAGCUCACCAUCUGCUACCUGGACAUGCUGAUGACCAGCGAGGAGCGUCGGAAGCAGCUGAGGGACCAGUACUGCUUCGACUGUGACUGUGUCCGAUGCCAAACCCAGGACAAGGAUGCGGAUAUGCUAACUGGUGAUGAGCAAGUAUGGAAGGAAGUUCAAGAAUCCUUGAAAAAAAUUGAAGAACUGAAGGCACAUUGGAAGUGGGACCAGGUUCUGGCCAUGUGCCAGGCAAUCAUAAGCAGCAAUGCCGAGCGGCUCCCAGAUAUCAACAUCUACCAGCUGAAGGUGCUCGACUGCGCCAUGGACGCCUGCAUCCACCUGGGCCUGCUGGAGGAGGCACUCUUCUAUGGCCUCCGGACCAUGGAGCCGUACAGGAUCUUCUUCCCUGGAAGCCACCCCGUCAGAGGCGUGCAGGUAAUGAAAGUUGGCAAAUUGCAGCUGCACCAAGGCAUGUUUCCCCAGGCGAUGAAGAACCUGAGGCUGGCAUUUGAUAUUAUGAGGGUGACACACGGCAGGGAGCACAAACUGAUUGAAGACUUGAUUCUGCUCUUAGAAGAAUGCGAUGCCAACAUCAGAGCCUCCUAAGGCGCCCGUCGGUGGAAGGACGGCUCGUGCCCUGACUGAAUGCCUUGCUGCGGCCACGCACCCUGUACCUUGUAUGCUGUGUGACCCUCCCCGUUGGAAAUGCUACUCUGUGUUUAUGUAGGUACAUAAGGCCGACAUACAGUUUGCAAACCCCAAGAACCAUUUAUUGUAGAGAAGCACGAUUAUAAUAAAUAUAA